AUGGCCCACGAAUUCCCUGAAUUGCUGUCGCACGAACAAAUGAAAGAGCACCGGAUCCCGCUGCCAUAUCGAGACAGGUGCGCGGGGCUGCUGGUGCCACUGAACAAGUGCCGUCAGGAGGGGUGGUUUCUGCCCUGGAACUGCGUCCACGAGAGACACGCUUACGAGGAGUGCCAGUAUAUGGACUUCAAGAGACGCGUCAAGGAGCUCGAGGAGCUGAAGAAGGCCCGCUCGAGCUGAGCGCGAUGUGUCCUGUCUAUCUAUCUAUCUAUUUAUAAGUGCUCCAAUGCGAUUCUAUUUGGUGUAUGGAUGUGC